UGCCUCGGCGUGGCUUUCUUCGCGCCUCGGAGUGUAGGACGGCGUCUGGUGCGGCGCCUCGGCCGCCCGCGCGGCGGAGGGAUUUCGGGCGCGUGCUGCGGCCCUGCGCGGAUCCUGUGGCGCCAGAAUUCGGAGCGCGGAAGCGGGAAACGCUGAGGCUGCGGGCCCGGACUGUGGAGCGCGCGGACCCCCGAGCGCGGGCGGACGCGAUGGUGGUGCUUCGCAGCAGCCUGGAGCUGCACAGCCGCUCCGCCGCCUCGUCGUCGGACUCCCUGGACCUGUCCAGCGAGUUCCUCAGCCUGGGGCAGAUGGGACGGAGGCGGCACAGCUCGGCGGGCGCGGCGAAGAAAGCAGCCGUCGCUGCGGCCGCGAAGGAGGAUGGAUCUUUAGUUGAGGAAGUCAGAACUUAUCACCGGACUCGCUCUUUAAGGUCCUUCAGAAAAAGUGCGCAGACUUCUUCAGAUUCUAGUUUCCAUACGAAAAUGGAAAUAACAGAGAGGCAUGCUAAUGGCCGGCACUUUACAAGGCAGUUGGCCAGACAACAGGCUAAUCAAAAAAUAGAAGAGUGCAAAGAAGACAAAGUGAUUACCCGGUCGCUGAGGACUAGAAACAUUGUUCAAGCUACAGAACGCUUGCAUGCAGAGAACAGUGAUGUUAAAGUCCGCCGCAGUUGUAGGAUUAGAAGUCGUUACAGCACUGUGAAUCAGUCUGUGCUAUUUGACAAACUUAUAACAAACACCGCUGAAGCUGUACUUCAAAAAAUGGAUGACAUGAAGAAGAGGCGCAGACAGCGACUGAGAAAACUUGAAGACUUGAGAGUGUAUAAUGAAACGGAAGAAGCCAAUCUUAAUAUGUAUACAAGGGGAAAACAAAAAGCAAUUCAAGGAGCUGAUGAAGAAACAACUGAUAACCAAGAAGGCAGCAUAGAAUCAUCUGAAGAGGGUGAACCCCAAGAAGAGGAAGAGGAUGGUGAAGAGGAUGAGGAGGAUGAUCAUGAAGAGGAAGAUGAUGGGGAAGAUGGUGAUGGUGAUGGGGAAGAAGACGAUGAGGAUGAGGAGGAUGAGGAUGAGGAUGGAGAAGAAGAGAACCAGAAACGCUAUUAUCUUAGACAAAGAAAAGCAACAGUUUACUACCAGGCUCCAUUGGAAAAACCUCGCCACCAGAGAAAACCCAACAUAUUUUAUCGAGGCCCAGCUUCUCCUGCAAGACCAAGAUACCGAUUGUCUUCUGUGGGACCAAGAAGCCCUUACUGUAAACGAAUGAACAGACGAAGGCACGCAAUCCAUAGUAGUGAUUCUACAUCUUCUUCAUCCUCUGAAGAGGAACACUUUGAGAGGCGCAGAAAAAGGGGCCGUAAUAGAGCUAUCAAUAGGUGCCUCCCAUUAAAUUUUCGGAAAGAUGAGUUAAGAGGAAUCUACAAAGAUCGAAUGAAAAUUGGAGCAAGCCUUGCUGACGUUGAUCCAAUGCAGCUGGAUUCUUCAGUACGAUUUGAUAGUAUUGGUGGCCUGUCCAAUCACAUUGCAGCUCUAAAAGAAAUGGUGGUAUUUCCAUUACUUUAUCCAGAAGUCUUUGAAAAAUUCAAAAUCCAACCCCCAAGAGGUUGUUUGUUUUAUGGUCCACCUGGAACUGGGAAGACUCUGGUUGCUAGAGCCCUUGCCAACGAGUGCAGUCAAGGGAAUAGAAGAGUGGCGUUUUUCAUGAGGAAAGGUGCUGACUGUCUGAGCAAAUGGGUAGGGGAGUCUGAAAGACAGCUUCGAUUGCUGUUUGAUCAGGCCUAUCAGAUGCGCCCAUCAAUUAUUUUCUUUGAUGAGAUCGAUGGUCUGGCUCCAGUGCGGUCAAGCAGGCAAGAUCAGAUCCACAGUUCCAUCGUUUCCACUCUGCUCGCUCUUAUGGAUGGUUUGGACAGCAGAGGAGAAAUCGUGGUCGUCGGUGCUACCAACAGACUGGAUUCCAUAGACCCCGCUCUGCGGAGGCCUGGCCGCUUUGACAGAGAAUUCCUUUUUAGCCUGCCUGAUAAAGAUGCUCGCAAAGAGAUUCUGAAGAUUCACACACGGGAUUGGAAUCCCAGGCCACUGGACAUAUUUCUAGAAGAAGUAGCAGAACAUUGUGUUGGCUACUGUGGUGCAGACAUUAAGUCGAUAUGCGCCGAGGCUGCUCUGUGUGCUCUGCGGCGACGUUACCCACAGAUCUAUACUACCAGUGAGAAGCUACAGCUGGAUCUCUCUUCAAUCAACAUCUCUGCCAAGGAUUUUGAAAUAGCCAUGCAGAAGAUGAUACCUGCCUCCCAGAGAGCCGUGGCGUCCCCUGGCCAGGCCCUGUCUGCCAUUGUGAGGCCGCUCCUGCAGGGCACUGUGCACAGGAUCUUAGAUGCACUGCAGAGAGUAUUUCCACAUGCAGAAAUCGAAGCCAACGAUGCAGUAGACUCAGGUAUUUUUCCUCUUCUAGAAAGCGACUUGGCAUACAGUGAUGAUGAUGUUCCUUCAGUAUAUGAAAAUGGGCCUUCUCAAAAGUCCUUUAGCAAAGCAAAAGAAAAUUUUAAUUUUCUUCAUUUGAAUAGAAAUACUUGUUACCAACCCAUGUCUUUUCGACCAAGAAUGUUAAUCGUGGGAGAACCAGGAUUUGGGCAGGGUUCUCACUUGGCACCAGCUGUCAUUCACGCUUUGGAAAAAUUUGCUGUCUAUACGCUGGACAUUCCCGUUCUCUUUGGAGUCAGUGCUGCGUCCCCAGAAGAAACAUGCGCCCAGGUGAUUCGUGAAGCCAAGAGAACAGCCCCAAGUAUAGUGUACGUUCCACAUCUUCACCUGUGGUGGGAAGUCGUCGGGCCAACGCUCAAAGCCACAUUCACCACAUUACUGCAGAAUAUUCCUUCUUUUGCUCCAGUUCUUCUGCUUGCAACUUCGGACAAGCCCCAUCCUGCUCUUGCAGAAGAGGUGCAAGAACUAUUUCUCCAUGAUUAUGGAGAGAUUUUUAAUGUCCAGUUACCAGGCAAAGAGGAACGGACAAAAUUUUUUGAAGAUUUAAUUCUAAAACAAGCUGCUAAGCCUCCUGUAUCAAAAAAGAAAGUUCCUGACUAUGUCAGUGUGAUAAAGCAGCCAAUGGACCUGUCAUCUGUCAUCAGUAAAAUUGAUCUCCACAAGUAUCUGACUGUGAAAGACUAUUUGAGAGAUAUUGACCUAAUCUGCAGUAAUGCCUUAGAAUACAAUCCAGACAGGGAUCCUGGAGAUCGUCUUAUUAGGCACAGAGCUUGUGCUUUAAGAGAUACUGCCUAUGCAAUAAUUAAAGAAGAACUUGAUGAAGACUUUGAGAAACUUUGUGAAGAGAUUCAGGAAUCGAGAAAGAAAAGAGGUUGUAGCUCCUCCAAAUAUGCCCCGUCUUACUACCACGUAAUGCCCAAGGACAACUCCACACCUGCUGCUGACAGAUCAGACCUAGACCAGAGCGAAAAAGUGCAGAUUCCCACCACUCCUGUGGCUUCCAGUACACCUACUCAGUUGAAAAGAAAAAACCGCAAAAGGUCCAAGUGGCAUUUAGGCACCAUAACAAAGAGGAGGAAGAUUUCACAGGCAAAGGAGAAUUGCCAGAACACAGCAGAGGGUAAGAUGGAAAGCGAUACUGAGGAAACUCGAGACACGAGCGUGGACCAGAAUGAGAAUGGAAACACGGGAGAGUCUUCACUAGAAGAAAAUGAGAAGGACCAGCUUGCCCCUGAGAGCAAAACCACACUGGGAAAUCAUAGCUCUGGGACUCGGAGUACUGAGAGGGAGCUGGACUCCAAGACGGCUGCGGCAUGUGUGGAGUGGAGAAAAGAGAAGGUUGUUUGCGAUGGAGAUGUUUCCAGCUCUCGGGCAGUUGGUACUUUCGAUAAAAAUGAAGCAGAAGAAACAUGCAUUCUGCGAAUGACUCGAGCCAGACACUCCCAGGUCGAGCAGCAGCAGCUCAUCAGCGUGGAGAAGGCGUUGGCGAUUCUUUCUCAGCCUACUCCCUCACUCGUGGUGGACACCGAGCGACUCAAUAAUCUUCUGAAGACUGUUGUUAGCAAAAGUGAAGGCUACAAUGUAUUUCAGCUGGAAAACUUGUAUGCAGUAAUCAGCCAGUGUAUUUAUCAGCAUCGCAAGGACUAUGACAAAACUGCGCUUAUCCAGAAAAUGGAGCAAGAAGUAGAAAACUUCAGUUGUUCCAGAUCAUGAUGUCACUGCCUCAAGUGUUUUUAUAUGCAGUUUCUAUUUAAUUUACUUUUGAUGUGUCCACAGAGUAAUUGAAGCAAAAUGAAGUCUCACAUCUUAAAGGAAAAGAUUAAAACAGGAAGCUGUCUUUAAAUUCUCCUGACCAUUAUGUACAUGUGUAAGAUAGCUGACAAUAUGGUAAGCUGGUCCAAACAAGGAGUUUAGCCAGCUCCUAAUAAAGUUAUUCUGUUAAGUGAUGCUUCCGGCACUUAGGAGUGAAUUAGAGAGCCUGCCUGGCAGGCUCGAGGUCCUGUGUUGGAUUCCUUGUACCAAAAGAAAACAAAUAAUUCGCAACACUUCGCCCGCGAAGCACUUUCACUCUCCCGCGCUCCUGCGCCUUGGCUGUGUGCGGCCAGCGGCCGUGUCCCACCACGUGGCCUGCCUGGCGCUCGCCUCUGCCUCCAGCUCCCCUCGCCCAGCGGAGCCAGAGCCAGGUCACAGGUGGUGGGGGCUGCAGCGCAUUCUCUAUUUGAGUACCAAAAUUGAGGGGUUUUAAGUAAAGACUUUGUAAUUCUAAUAUGGUUUAAUAAAGAUUUUA